GCACCGUUUGCGGCGCGGCCUUGCCGCCGGGGACCAACGGCAGGAGGGGUUUCUGCGGCGGAGCUCCCGGCUGUGGACAUGGCGCCGCCCGCUCGGUACUGCGUCCCCGGUGAGCGGCUGUGCAGUGCCGAGGAGGCCACAGCUGGCAGUGGGACUUAUACCCGACAUGGCUUCAUCUUCUCGUCGUUGGCUGGCUGCGUGGAGAAGACGAGUGAAGACGGUGGGCUGCCUGUUGUGUCGGUGGUGAGAGAUGCUGAGUCCCAGCUCUUGCCUGAUGUGGGGGCUGUGGUGACAUGCAAGGUUUGCAGCAUUAAUUCUCGCUUUGCCAAGGUGCACAUCCUGUACAUCGGCUCUGUACCACUGAAGUCCACAUUCCGGGGAACCAUACGGAGAGAAGAUAUUCGAGCCACGGAGAAAGAUAAGGUGGAAGUGUACAAGAGUUUCCGCCCUGGUGACAUAGUCCUGGCCAAAGUCAUCUCCCUGGGGGAUGCACAGUCCAACUACCUGCUGAGCACAGCAGAGAAUGAGCUGGGUGUGGUAGUUGCACGCAGUGAGGCAGGGGUUCAGAUGGUGCCCAUCAGCUGGUGUGAGAUGCAGUGCCCAAGGACACACACCAAGGACUUCCGUAAGGUGGCCCGUGUACAGCCCCAGUUCCUGCAGACCUAGCAGCCCCACAAGGAGCUGCCAGGAUCCUGCAGGGCUAGGGGCUGCUGGGCUGGGGCCAGAGCAGCCCCUGGGCUCCAGCCUCCAUGCCUGCAAGAGGCUAAAACAGCCAGAGAGGGCCUUGCUCACAAGAUGGAUUUUCUCUUUCUGGAUAAUAAAUAUUUUUCGAGA